AUGGAACGCGGUGCGCCCGAGUACUCGCAGUCAGGUUUGCCUACGCCCUAUCCUAGCAACGUGGGCGACACCCCUGCUGAGCCUUCAUCAAACACUGUAGAACACCCGUCUACUGCGCCCUACCCCGGCCAGCAGGAGGUGCGCUCUUCCAGCUAUUCGGCAUCAGCUACUCCUACUUCAGAGUACUCAGUCUACCCGCCCUCGUCGCGUUCGGCCUCGUUCGCCGAGCCUCUGCAGCGUCCGUAUCACGCAGCUAGUAGCACUCCCAGCAGCGGAACCAUGGCGCAAACAACACCAAGUCCGUUCUCUCCUCUGCUCACAGAGACCAAUCAUCAAAGUCAGCAGCAGGUCAAGUCUGACACGCAACUAUCUUUAGAUCCCGCGAUUGCCGCUACCAGCCCGACCUAUGCCCAUCCCCCUCAGUACUCGCCCUAUGCCCCUCCUCCGCCUCCGCAGGACCUUCCUCACGGCUAUCAGCAUCCCGGCAGCCUGUAUGCCCAGCCCCGUCCCGACUGGGCCGGCUAUGGCCAGCAUUCUCCCAGCCCCAUAACUCCCGGCCAUCAUGUCUUCCCUCAGACCCCGACCACGGCGGCGCCUCCGGCUCGCCCAAAUCAGGUAGGUCUUGGCGUCUACCCUGCCUCUCCCUCGGAUCCUCGCAGGCCGCAGACCGUGGAGCGUUGGCAAAGCGCGCAAGCCCAUGCCGGCCUUUCGAGCAACCGUUCCCCUAAGCCAGCUUUGGCCUGCACUUAUUCUCCCUCGAGCCGCCUACCCUUCCCAACUGGGGUGCUGACCACAGGUCCCCAUCAGGUCUAUUCGUUCGUGCCCAUUCCCGGUGCGCAGCAACACAAGAGGCCGAGGAGGAGAUACGAGGAGAUUGAGCGCAUGUACAAGUGCGGCUGGAACGGGUGCGAGAAGGCUUAUGGCACUUUGAACCAUCUCAAUGCGCAUGUGACUAUGCAGGGUCACGGUCCCAAGCGUACUCCUGAAGAAUUCAAGGAGAUUCGCAGGGAAUGGAAGCAGCGCAAGAAGGAGGAGGAAGCUGCCAGGAAGGCCGCCGAAGAAGAGCGUCAGCGUCAGGCUGCUGCUGCUGCUGCUGCUGCUGCUCAGGCCCAGCAGAACGGUACUGCCGACCCCUCUGCCCAGCCCGGCACGGAAGCCACACAACCCCCUCCGACGACAUAUGCUGCGUCUCGGCCUGUUCAGCUGCCGCCUAUUGGGUACUCGACCACUCAAUACCCCGCCCCUCCGUCGACCGCAAUGCCUCAGUCGCUGCCCGAUUACAGCGGUGGUGUCUACAACUAUGGCUCUCCGGCUUCCCCGUAUGGCCAACAGAACCAGCAGAUCUACAGUCAGCACAACGGCAACCCCCCUGCCCCUGGCCAUCAAUAA